UCUCAACAUGUCAAACAAUUUCGACUUAUUAAAUGUUUCUGGAAACAAGAAGAAGCUUGAAGAUCUAAUUAAUCCCAGUGCAGCUCCCGAUCAAAAGAGCAUUAACGAUAUACCUGCUAUGCUUGCUGCUGCUAGUGUAGAUAGAAAGACAUUUGCCGUAGGACCACCUAGCGACAUUUUGUCUCGCGUACAAGCAUUCUUACCCCAAUUAAAAAGUGCGAAUGAACAAUUAAAAGCUGCCGAUCCCAAAUCACUGGACAUUGAGAAUGUGGAAGAAGACGAUGGACAAUAUAUUGAAAUGAAUUUGGGUUUAGGUGUCUACGAAGAAAAGAGACCCGGCCAAUCAGAUAGUGAAGAUGAAGAUAGCGACGAUAAUGAUGAUGAAAAGUUGGUUUUACCCAACUCUGUAGAUAAAUCCAACAAGCCUUUUAUUGAAGAAGUUAAGAAAUAAACCAUUUUUUUUUUUUUUUUUUUUUU